CUAAGGUUUCUCUUUCAUAGCUUAAGAAUACUUCUAGCCCUGCCCCACCUAGGCAGCUGUGACUGGCCUGAAGAAGAAAAGCAAGCCGAAACACUCAGAACUCAGGACUGAUCAACUGCCCCUGUUCGCAGCAGGAACCCAGCAAAAACUCGGGAAAGCAUGGUGCUAGCUCUUCCAAGGUGCCUUCCUCUCCUCCUGAUGCAGGGGCUGUGGGAGCCGGUGUGUCUCCUUUGCACUCAGCCAAAGGGCCUCUCCAGGGCUCGCUGGUUUGAAAUCCAGCAUGUACAGAUAAGUCCUCAGCAGUGCAACCAAGCAAUGCAAGGUGUCAACAAUUAUACCCGUCACUGUAAGCCAAAAAACACCUUUCUGCAUGAAUCGUUCCAGAAUGUGGCUGCCACCUGUGGUUUGCCCAGUAUCACCUGCAAGAACGGUUGGAAAAACUGCCACCAAAGUGCAAAGCCUGUCAGCAUGACUGACUGCCUACACACCGGGGGAGCCUACCCCAACUGCCACUACAAAAACGCUAAACACUACAGAUUCUUCAUUGUGGCCUGUGAGCACCCAAAGAAAGAGGACCCUCCCUACCCGCUGGUUCCUGUGCACUUAGAUAAGAUUGUACCUGAGGCUUAGGUGCUUUUCUUCUGUUUGCCACAGAUUCUCUCACAGUUUAUUCCACUUUGCCUUUUGUUCCCACAGGAAGGGGAAGGUGCCAGAAGAAUUCAAAUGCCGAAGCUGUCAGAGUAGAGUCAAGAAAAAAGAAAUAGGGUGCAUGGGUUAUGAUGUGGCUUGGUAACUGAGUACUUGCUUCGUGCACAAAGAUCCCUGGGUUCAAUCACCAUACCUCUUCUUCCCCCCAAAAAAGGAGAAACAGGAUUAUUUUCUGCUCUGUAACAUAGGAUUAGAAUAAAGAGGGUCCAAGCGUCUGAACAAUUUAUCCUGCGCUGUUUUGGGUCAAGCUUUAUUGUACUACGCUCAUAGAAAUAAAACCAUUUUCUUUUCAGUAUAA